CAACCGACGACGGCUGCAGCCGCCCACGCGCAUACCGUGUCCCGCCCGCCCCGGCUGCCGGCCAAAAUUUUCAUAGUUUAGUUACGAUUACGAAAACGACCCGACGCGUCCCGCCGCCGGCGACGAAUCCGCCCGAAUUCUCUAACGAAUCCCAGUUUCGCAGGAUCUUCGUCAAGUUCUCGAUUAUCCGCACUCAACUGUUUUAGUGUUGUGUCAAAUUUUUCAUUCAGUGUAACGUGCACGCAAUUGGAUUUUUCCAUUUUCUUUUGUUUACCCAUUGUCUUCGGGGGACAAUUUCACCACAGUAAUGACCAGCUAGCGGGAUGGGGGUGACCGAAGAUUUGGCACCGAGCUUCACUCAGAAGCCGCAGCUGCGCCAGGAGGACGAUGGCAACAAGCUCGUCUUCGAGUGCCAGCUGAUCGCUUCCCCAAAGCCGGAGAUCAGCUGGUACCGCAGCGAUGAGCUCCUUAAAGAGGACAAUAGGACUAAAUUUAAGAUCCAGAGUAUCGCCAACAACAAGUUCCUGGUGGUACUCGAGCUGGACGACGUGAUCGAGACCGACGCGGGGCUGUACAAAGUCAAGGCUAAGAACAAGAUGGGCGAGGUGGCCGCUUCCAUCAACCUUAACUUCAGCCCCGCCGACGAGGAAAAACAGAAACAAGUGGACGGUAAAGCGCCUACGUUCGCGCGCAAGCCGGCCAUCAGGCAAGAAGAUGAUGGCAAGCGGCUUAUAUUCGAGUGCCGCAUCGAAGCCGAGCCUGUACCCAGUGUCUCCUGGUUCCACAACACGAUGGAAGUUCAACCUGGAGCUAGGCAUAAGCUAACAGUUAGCAAAGAUGGAAAAUCAUAUUAUGCCUCGCUCGAGAUCAACAACGUUACUGUGGAGGAUGCUGGCAAGUACAGAGUGACGGCUAAGAACGAACUCGGCGAAAGUAACGCCACAAUCAGCUUAAACUUCGACAGCGACGAAGCGCCCGUACCUGAGGACUCGAUCAAACCAACAUUUACGGAGAGACCCGUCAUCAGGCAAUCGGAAGAUGGUACCAAAAUCACAUUCGAAUGUAGAUGUGUUGGCAAACCGAAACCAACCGUUACAUGGUAUCAUGGAAAAAAGUUAAUAAAAGAAAGUAGUAGGUACAAAAUUACAUUAGAAGAGGACCAAACGUUAUACCAUAUGGCGCGACUCGAAAUUAUAGGCGUAGAUAAUACUGACAAAGGAGAAUACAGGGCUGUGGCAAAAAACAAACAAGGUGAAGGCGUAGCAAAGAUAAAUCUAAACUUUGAAAGUGGAGAUAAACCAAAAAUUCCUGACGGUAAGGCACCAAGGUUUCCCAAAAAACCGACAAUUAGACAGGAAGGGGAUGUAUUAAUAAUGGAAUGUGUCUUAGAAGCAUACCCACUACCAGAUAUAACAUGGUUCCACGGGGAUAAAGAAAUCCAAGAUGGAGCUAAAAUGAAAAUGUCCAGGAAAGCUAUUGCAAAAGAUACAUUUAAUUUAACUUUAGAAAUAUUGAGCCCCACUAGAGAAGAUGGUGGCAAUUAUAGAUGUAACGCUUUCAACUUGUUUGGCGAGAGUAACGCAAAUAUUGCUCUCAAUUUCCAAGGUGGGGAUGACGAAAAUGGUUUCGCACCAUCAUUUAUUGAGAAACCUCGAAUCAUUCCCAAUGAAGAUGGCUCGCUUAUCACAAUGCGUUGUGUAUGUAAGGCCAAGCCGGCGGCUGAAGUCACGUGGUAUCGAGGCACAACAGUUGUUAAGGCUAGCAGUAAAAUUGAACUUAAAUCGACUGUAAUUAGUGAAGAUGUGUACGAAUUGGUAUUGCUUUUGUCUAAUCCUACGGCAGCGGAUGGUGGCGCUUACCGCUGUCACGUUAAGAAUGAAUAUGGUGAAAGUAAUGCGAAUUUGAAUCUUAACAUUGAGGCUGAACCAGAACCAGAAGGCGAAGGACCAACAUUUGUUGAAAAACCUACAAUUCAGUCCAAAGAUAAUGGUAAAUUAGUAAUAAUGGGUUGCAAAGUCAAAGCUAGUCCGAAACCUACGAUAGUGUGGUACCACGAAGGCAAGGAAAUCAGGGACUCGUCAAAAAUAAAGACCAGGGUCGAAGUAAAAGAAGACAUUUACACAAUCAUUUUGGAACUAAUUGAUCCUGGUAUUGAAGACUCCGGAUUGUAUAAAUGCAAUAUUAAAAAUGAACUUGGAGAGCUCAAUGCGAAUCUCACGCUCAAUAUAGAAAUCAUUCCAGUUAUCAAAGAGAAACCAAAGAUCAUUAAGAUAGUUAAAAAGAAGACUGUUAUUGUUGAAUGUAAAGUAUUAAGUAAAUUCGCACCCUCGUGCACUUGGUUCAAGGAAGCAAGCGCUGUCAAGGAGGACUCAAGACAUACUGUGUUAAUAGAGCCCCUUAGAGAAGGUGAAUUCACAGUCAAGUUGGAAAUUUCCAACGUUUCCCAACACGACAAAGGUUCAUACAAGCUUGUUGCAAAGAACGAAAAAGGUGAAGCGACAUCGCAACAGGUCGAAAUUACGGAAAUACCUGAGGAGAAGGGCGACAAACCACAAAUUGUCAAACAUUUCAGAAGCUUGGCUAAAAAAGAAAACCAAGAAGCUGAAUUUAUUGCCGUUCUCAAGACCUCGGAUCAAUCAUGUAGAUGCACGUGGUACAAAAACAAUACCGUUAUUAGAGAUUCUUCAGAAGUAAAUACGUCUUUUGAUGGUACUAAUGCAAGAUUAAUAAUUAGAAAAGUAUCAUCGAAAUACGUAGCUAACUACAGAGUGGUUAUUAAAAACGAGUUUGGUGAAGAUGAAUCCAGCGCCGACUUGACUCUGGAAGAAGACAAGAAAAAGAAAAAGGAAGAGAAGGAAAAAGAGGAAGAAGAAGAAGAAAAAACGGUUAUUGAAGAAUCCGAAGAGGAAAUGUCUAUCGUUGAAGAAAAGUCGGUAAUCGAAGAAAAUCAUGUUGAAGAGAAAAAGAGAGAGGAGAAAAAGAAAACUACUGCUAAGAAGAUUGUGAAGAAAGAUGACAUGGAAGUUGAUGAAGAGCACGAUGAAGAAGAUACUGAAUCUACAGAAACAAAAACUAAAAUUGAAGCUAAGAAGGUUUCAAAGAAAGAAGAAAUCAUUUCAAAGAAACAAGAACAAGAGAUAGAAGAGGCUAAAAAGAUUCUUGAAAAGAAAACAGCUAAAACCGAAGAAGAAAAGAAAGCACUUCUUGAAAAGAUUGAGAAGAAGAAAACUGAACCUGAACCAGAGGCCAAGAUUGAAGGCAUUCCAAAACUGAAACCAGUCAAACCAAAAGAAGAGCCGGUAGAAGAGAAGAAAGAGGCUGCUAAAAAGACUGAAAAGACCGAAAAGAAGGUCGUCAAGAAAAAAGUGGUUGCAAAGAAAGAUGAGGAGGAAAUCGAGUUUGUCGACGAUUACGAGCGACCAGUUUUGGAGAAAUACGAAAAGAUUACACCUACGCCACUUGAUAAAAAAUCUAAAGAGGAUACCACACCAAAGGCUAAGCGCCCAUCUGUAUCAGAAAGCGUUAAAAGCGAACAAGAAAGUGAAGAAGAACCAUCUGUAGCUACGUCUAUACCAGAGAAAAAAGCGAAAAUUACAAAAGAUAAGGUUGAGGAGGAAAAACCUGAACAAAAAAGGCCAAGCAUCAAAAAAGGUCUCCCCAAACCGGAGGAACCUGUUGAUGAAAUAUCUCAAGUCAAAUUAUCUAAAACACCAACGAAGCCUACUGAACAAGCAGCUGAGGAAUCACAAGUCGCUAAAACUAAAAAACCCGUUAAAAAGCCUGAGCAGCAAGAUGAGUUCGUGGAUGAUUAUGAAAGGCCUGAAUUAGAAAGAUAUGACAAAAUGACACCCACUCCCACAGAUAAGACUAAAAAACAAAACGGUAUCCAAGAGCCUGAACCCGAAUUCAUCGACGAUUAUGAGAAACCUGAACUCGAGAAAUACGAAAAAAUUUCUCCUACUCCCAAAGACAAACGUCGUCCUAGUGACACGAAGGAUGAAACUGAAAUGAUGAAAGGUAAAAUAAAACCAAAACAGAAAGAAGAUGAACCUGAAAUGCCUACUCUUCGAAAACGUUCUGUUCCAAAGGACAAGGAGGAAGACAAAAAGUCAGAGGACAAACCAAAACCUAAAACUAAAAAACCUGAUGAACCUCAAGCUAAAAAACGACCAUCACUCAAAGAAAAAGAGGUUGCAGAGGAAGAAUUCAUCGACGAUUAUGAGAGGCCCGUCCUCGAGAAAUAUGAGAAAAUAUCACCUACACCUACCGAGAAAAAGAAGAAGGACGACAAACCCGCGGAAGAAGUGCCUUCAGCUACUGCGACUGCGAAACGUCGUUCUGUAAAAGAUAAGGAUAAACCAGAGCCAAUGGACGUAGACGAAGAAGUAAAUCUAUCGAAACCAAAAACACCUGCUAAGCCAGGUAAAGAACCGGAAGACGUUUCUCUUACACACAAAACUCCAGCUGAUAUUAAACCUACGGAAGAUGAAGCUGAGGCUAAACUUAGCAUAAAAAAACCUGAAAUCGUCGAAGAGAAAACACUUAAGAGACCGGCACCUAAAGACAAAGAACCCCAGGGCGAAGACACCGAGGAGGCUUUCAGUCUCUCUAAACCCAAAAGUAAGACAAGCACUACAGCUCCUGAAGAAGCUUCCCUUACCCAAAAGACACCUGCCAAGAAAAAGCCAACGGAAGGAUCAGAGGCUGCACAACUUAAAGUCAAAAAGCCAGCUGUUGUCAAAAAAGGAGAUGAGGCACCUCUGGUAGUACAAGAUGGUAAAUUUGAGAAACCGCAACUGAAGAAAGUUAUAAAGAAGCCGUCAGAAAAACCUAAACAAGCUCAAGUCGACGAAAGAGAAGACGAUUUUAAUUAUAACAAUGAUGGGCUUGAAUUGGACUUCGUUGACGAUUACGAAAGACCAGUGCUUGAGAAAUACGAAAAGAUCACACCCACACCUACAGCCAAGAAAGAAAAAGAAACAAAGACCGAAAGUCGAAGGACGUCAGUUCAAAAUGAGGUCAAGGAAGAAGUGAAAAUUGAAAGCAGAAAGUCUUCUAUCGCCGAAGAUAAGUCUGUUAAAAAGUUCACGAAAGAAAGUGCAGAGAGCAGGAAGUCUUCAAUUUCCGUUGCUGAGAAACAGGAAGUGGGAACUGUUAAGAAAACGACUUUGCAAAAACCGACCAUAAAGGAACCAGAAAAGAAUGAGUUAGACCAAAUUAAACUAAAGGAUGUCACUGUAGAAAAGGUAGAAGAAAAGGUAGCAACAGAUUCUGUAGAUAAGCCGUCAGAAAAAUCAUAUCCUAGGCGACCUACAAAAACAAACACUCAGGAGGCCACUGAAACAUCGGAGCCUGAACGUAAAACUAAUUUAGAAAAACCAGCUGAAUCUAAAUACCCAUGGCGACAACCUAGUAAAACUAAGGAAAGCGAAGAAGUUGACGAAACUAACAUUAAAGAAACAAAUGAAGUAAAGACAAAAGUUUCCACGAAAAAGGGCAAAGAACCAACAACCAAAGCAUCGCCCGAUAAAACAAAAGAGGAAAUCACGGUCAAUAAAGAUAUGGAAAAAACCAAAACUGAUAAAAAACAGAAUAAACCUUCUGUUGAAGAGUCUGAGCAACAUGCUUAUCCUUGGCGUAAAUCUAGCAAAACUGUAGAGGAGCCCGAGGCAAAAGUGGAAAAUAUAAUAUCAGAGCCAAAUAAAGAGGUUUCGCAAUCUUCUGUGGAAACUGAAGAAGAGAAUUUGACAACACCUAAACAAUCACCUUUCUUAGCGUGGUUGAGAAAGCCUAGCAUAGAGAUAGAGGCUGACGUGACGGAGGACAAAUCAAAAGCAAGCACGCUAGAAAUACCACAACUCGCUUUUAGCAGCAAACCUGACGAGAAAACAGCGAUAAAGGAAGAGCAAGUAGAAGAAGAAGUCAAAAAAGCUAAAGUUACUUCAGUCAAGAAGAAGGCCGAAGAUCUUCCUGAAAUUGCUGACUAUGACAGACCUGACUUGGAGAAAUAUGAAAAGAUUUCACCGACGCCAACGGUUCGUGACAAGCCAGAAAAAGACAAGCCAACCCCGAUAGUACCUGAAAUCAAGGCGCCUGAGGAGAAACCAGCAGCACCUAAGAUAGAAGUUAUUCGCGAGAAAUCACCAAAACCAGAAAUGCCAAGGAAACCUUCCUUAGUGCCAGGAGCUCCAGUUGCCAGACGUGGUUCCCUUAUACCGCCUCCAGAAGAAAUGGGAAGGCGUCCUUCACUUAUUAUUAGCGAUGAGGUCACCAAAUUACGCCCUGGAGAAGUUUUAGACGACAAAAAGCGACGAAAGUCCGCCGAUGCCAGGAGACCUUCUAUCCAGGACUUGGAAGAUCUCAUCAACAAACCUUCAGUUCCUCUGAAGCCUCUAGGCAAUGAGGGUCCACCAGUCAUUGUAGACGUACAAGAGAGCUACUCGGCUGUUGAAGAUCAAACUGGCUACAUCACAGUACAAGUAGAGGGUAAUCCUCCACCAACAUUCAAGUUCUACAAAGGUGUCACAGAAAUCAUCGAAGGUGGCCGUUUCAAAUUUGUCACGGAUGGUGAAACCGGUCUUAUCACACUUUGCAUGAGAAAGGUCAAGCCUAACGAUGAAGGAAAAUACAAGGUUGUGGUCAGCAACAUCCAUGGAGAAGACUCAGCUGAGACGCAGCUCUAUGUAUCAGACUCUAGUGGCAUGGACUUCCGUGCUAUGCUCAAGAAGAGGAAAUACGCUAAAUGGGGUGAAAAGAAAGAGGACCCAGACUGGGGAGAUCUCAAGGAAGUUGAAAAGCCUAUCCCACCACUCAAGAAAGUGGAAAAGAAACAAGAAUCAUUCUUAAAGCCUCUCGUAGAUCAGUUUGCGAAGGAAGGAAAGGAUAAAAAGGUGGUGUUUGAAGCCAUCUUUACUAAGCAAAAUGCCAAGCCUAAAUGGCUCUUCCGUAAAGAUGAAAUAUUCGCAAGCUCUAAGUACAAGAUGACAAAUGAACAAGAUUCAUACAAAUUGAUUAUCAUGAAUCCUAAAGUGGAAGAUACGGGUAAGAUCACGAUUGAGAUCGGCGGAAUUUCUAGCACUGCAUUCUUGCAAGUAGACGAACCUGAUCCCACAUACACCUUCAUUAAGCAACUCAAGAAGACUACAAGUGGGUACACAAAACACGAGGUACUCCUCGAGUGUGCUGUUUCCAACAGCCUCGCUAUCGUUUCAUGGUGGAAAGACGAAACAAAGCUCGAGGAUGGAGAAGAGUUCCAAAUAUCCAAGGAUCUUUCUGGUGUUUGUCGGCUUCUUAUCAAGAGCGCGAAACUUGAAGAUGCCGGCAAAUAUUCUUGUAAAUUAGAAAAACAACCUGAUAAAACUGAAACUGACGUUAAGAUUGUCGAAUAUCCUUACAAAUUUACAAAGGUUCUUAAAUCCCAACAAGCUAUUGAAAAAGACACAAUCACAUUACUUUGUGAACUUGAUGAUGCCGGUGGUGAUGUAAAAUGGUUCAAGAACGAUGAGCCUGUGAAGGCAGACAAACGUAUAUCUAUCGUCAAGGAAGGUCGUAAACGCAAGAUCGUCAUCAAAGAUGCCAAGGUCACUGAUGCCGGCAACUAUAAAUGUGUCAGUAAUGCUGACGAGACGAAAUGCGAGUUGAUUGUCAAUUACUCGAAUCGCUUCAACAAAAAGUUGAAGGACACCGAGGCAGUUGAAAGGGAAAAGGUUGUAUUGGAAGUGGAACUUCAAGAUCAGACUGCAGAAGCGGUCUGGUCUUUCAAUGGAGAGCCUAUUGUACCAAAUGAAAGAAUUGAAAUCAAGAACUUGGGUGGUGGCAAACACCAGCUUAUAUUCAAUAAGCUAGAAAUGGAGGAUGAUGGUGAAAUCCUCUGCGAGUCUGGUAAGCUGAGCUCGUCUUGUAAGCUCAGUGUAAAGAAGGGAGAGUCAAAGCCUGCUAUCGAAUGCCCUGAAGAUUUCUACGGACCAGCAGGCCAGCCUUUCGUUAUUGAGGUGCCUUAUAAAGUUACUGGCACCCGACAGACGCCAAUCGAAGCAAAAUUGUGGAAAGAUGGAAAGGCUCUUCCUAUAAAGGAAGUCGAAGCUGUUGUUGAGCAGGAAAAAGUACUGUUUAAAAUCAAGAAGCCAACAAGAGAAGGAUCUGGUAAAUACCAGAUUAAACUUUCCAACGGCCAAGGCGAGGAUUCCAAGGAUGUUACAAUUACAAUGCAGAGUGUACCCACACCUCCUCAAAAUGUGGAGGUAGCUGACGUAUUCCAGACAUCUUGUGUUGUUUCUUGGAAAGCUCCAGAGGAUGAUGGUGGCAGUCCUAUCGUGAAAUAUAUUAUUGAAAGACAGGAUUUGUCACUGAAAGCUGGAUGGGAUAAUGUGGCAGAAGUAGCAGUCGGCCAACCUACCAAAUUCAAAGUCGAAGAUCUCAUUGCUAAGAAGACUUAUAAAUUCAGAAUACGUGCCAUCAACAAGAUUGGCUCCAGCGAGCCUGGUCUUUUCGCCAAACCAGUUCUCGCAAAAGAUCCUUGGGACGAGCCAUCAAAACCCAAAAAUGUCGAACUUGUCGACUGGGAUAAAGAUCAUGCUGAUCUCAAAUGGCAAAAGCCAGAAAACGAUGGUGGUGCACCAAUCACUGGAUACGUUAUUGAAUAUAAGGAGAAAUUCGGAAAGGACUGGGUAACCGGUAAAGAAGUACCCGGUGAUUGCUUAUCGGCUACUCAGGAUGGUUUGAAAGAGGGCUGCACAUACGAGUUCAGAGUGCGUGCCAUCAACAAGGCAGGUCCUGGUGAACCUAGCGACAGCACUAAACCUAUUGUUGCCAAGUGUAGAUUUGUCAAACCGUUCAUUAUCGGAAAUGGUCUUCAGAACUUGAUCAUCAAGAAGGGACAGGUUAUCACCUUCGAUAUUAAAUACGGUGGUGAGCCUGAACCCGAAGUCAAAUGGAUGAAGGGUGAAGAGGAGAUACACGACGAUGGCGAUCGCAUCACCAUCGACAAAUACGAGAGGAACACGGUGCUGACAGUGAGGAAGACCACCAGACCUGACAGCGGGAAAUACAAGCUUGUCCUCACCAACUCGUCGGGAACAUGCGAAAGCAUUGCCGACGUUGUUGUGUUGGACAAACCAAACCGCCCGAACGGCCCCAUCGAAGUCACCGAAAUUCGUGCAGAAAAGGCGACAGUCAAAUGGCAGAAGCCGGACGACUGGCAGGGAUCCGAUAUCACCGGCUACACCCUGGAGAAAAUGGACAUGGAUACCGGAAACUGGGUGCCAUGCGGUGAAACAGGCGCAGAGCCAACCGAGUUUACAGUCAAAGGCCUCACCCCGAACCACAAGUACAAAUUCAGGGUGCGCGCCGUCAACAAGGAGGGAGAGUCCGAGCCGUUGGAGACUGAUGGAUUUAUUGUUGCUAAGAAUCCUUACGACCCACCGAAGGCACCUGGCAAGCCAAACAUCAUCGACUACGACAAUAUGUCGGUGACCCUGCAAUGGGAGCCACCAACAGACGAUGGCGGCAGACCGGUAUUAGGCUACGUUGUCGAGAGGAAAGACAAAUUCUCACCUGAUUGGAUUGAGGUUGUUAAAACGGAAGAUACAAAGACAGAAUACAAGGUGGAAGGUCUCAAAGAGAAGAUGGUUUACCAGUUCCGUGUGAAAGCUUACAAUAAGGCUGGAGUCGGUGACGCAUCGCAGCCCACCGACAACCAUCUCUGCAAACACAAGAACUUGAAGCCACGCAUUGAACGCAGCACAUUCAAGUCUGUGAUUAUCAAAGCUGGUCGUACACACAAGUGGUCGGUGGACGUCACUGGUGAACCAGCACCUGAGAUGUCAUGGUCAUGGCGCGAGAACAUCAAGCUGGUGAACACCGAACGAAUCAAGAUCGAAAACAAGGAGUACCACACCGACUUCACCAUUGUGAAUGCGGUGCGUCGCGACACCGGCAAAUAUACGCUGCGUGCGGAGAACUGCAACGGCUUCGAUGAGGAGACCGUCGAGUUGACUGUGCUGAGCAAGCCCAGCUCGCCCAAGGGCCCGUUGGAAGUAUCGGAUGUACACGCAAAUGGCUGCAAGGUGAAAUGGGAGAAGCCAGAAGACGAUGGUGGCUCACCGGUCAAGGAAUACGAGAUCGAGAAAAUGGAUAUGGCCACCGGAAAAUGGGUGCGCGUCGGCAGAGUGGCUGGCGACAAAAAGCCCUUGGAGAUGGAAAUCACAGGCCUGGAGCCUGGUCACCAGUACAAGUUCAGGGUGACCGCCUGCAACGACGAGGGUGACUCCGAGCCCUUGGAAACUGAAAGGGCUACGUUAGCUAAGAAUCCGUUCGAUGUGUCGGACAAGCCCGGAAACGUGGAAGUCGCCGACCAUGACAACCAAAGCGCGGAGAUCAAAUGGGACCCGCCCAAGUCGGACGGUGGCGCCCCCAUACAGAAGUACAUCAUACAGAAGAAGCCCAAGGGCGGUGAAUGGGAGAACGCCGCUGAGGUGCCCGGAACUCAGAACUCCGGUAAAGUCGAAGGUCUUCCGGAAGGAAGCGAAUACCAGUUCCGCGUGAUCGCCGUUAACAAGGCCGGACCGUCUGAAGCUUCGGAGCCGACCAAGAUGACUACCAUCAGGCAUAAAUCAUUAAAACCACGCAUCGACCGCACCAACUUGAAGGCGUUGGCAGUGCGAGCGGGCAAACCUAUCUUCUUCGACGUCGACGUGAAGGGAGAACCAGCGCCUAAAGUGCAAUGGUUCCAGAAAUGGAAGGGAGAAGAGAAGGAGGUGACAGCUAACGUUAUCAACGUUGACUACAACACCAAACUGGACAUCAAAGAAUCAGUACGCGCCAUGACUGGCACCUACCGUAUAUUGGCUACUAAUGAGCAUGGCAAAGACGAAGCUGAAGUCGAGAUCACUGUGCUAUCUUCACCAAGCAAACCUGGUGGUCCACUAAAGGUCUCUGAUGUUACCAAGUCAGGAUGCAAACUGGCGUGGAAGAAGCCGGAGGACGAUGGUGGCAAACCGGUUACCGGUUAUGUAGUAGAGAAGCUCAACAAGGCUACAGGUCGUUGGGUACCUGUGGGUAAGACUGACGACACAGAGAUGGAGAUAAAGGGCUUGCAAGAAGGAGAAGAGUAUGAGUUCAGAGUUAAAGCUGUCAAUGACGAAGGGGAGUCUGAACCGCUGAAGACGGAUCAUUCGAUCAUCGCAAAGAACCCUUACGAUAUUCCUGGCAAGCCUUCAGUACCCACCAUCGAAGACUGGGACGUGGAUCGCGUAGACCUGAAAUGGGAAGCGCCUAAGAACACCGGUGGCGCCCCCAUCACCGGAUACGUCAUCGAGAAGAAGGACAAGUUCGGCACUUGGCAAGAGGCGCUCGUUACCGACACGCCUGAAUGCAAAGCUCGCGUGCCGGAUCUUAAAGAAGGAAACACUUACCAGUUCCGGGUGAGGGCCGUCAAUAAAGCCGGACCGGGUGAACCGGGCGAGCCUACCCAGCCUCAUGUAGCUAAGGCUAGAUUCUUGAAACCUCAUAUCAACCGCGACAAGAUGGUAGCGGUCCGCGUACGAGCGGGCACUACGAUCAAAUUGGACGUCGACAUUAAGGGCGAACCUCCACCAACCAAGACCUGGACAUUCGCUAACAAGGUUCUGGAGACCGGUCCAGGCCUUAAGCUGGAGAACGAGGACUAUAACACCCGUCUCCAGAUCUUCGAGUCGUCGUGGAAGAACUCAGGAGUGUAUACUCUCAAGGCUGAGAACGACUCGGGAGUCGACGAGGCUACAGUCGAGAUCACAGUAUUGGAUAAACCGGGCAAGCCCGAAGGACCAUUAGAAGUAUCAGACGUCCACGCUGAUCACGUGAAAUUAAGCUGGAACAAACCCAAGCACACUGGUGGUUUGCCUCUCAGUGCUUUCAUUGUAGAGAAGAUGGACACUCUCACCGGAAAAUGGGUUCCUGCUGGCACUGUGGACCCGGACAAAACCGAGGCCACUGUCACUGGUCUGGAGCAAGGCCACACUUACCAGUUCCGCGUGAAAGCCCUCAACGAAGAGGGAGAGUCGGAACCUUUGGAAACAGACCACGGCACGUUAGCCAAGAAUCCGUACGAUGUGCCAGCACCGCCCGGUCUCCCCGAUAUCGUGGACUGGGAUGAGAAGUCGGUGAAACUCAAGUGGGAACCGCCUAUUAGGGACAACGGAGCCCCCAUCACUGGAUACGUGAUCGAAAUGAUGGACAGAGAUCGCGGAGAGUUCGUUAAGGCUGCUGAGAUCCAAGGCAACGUAUGCCAAGGAACCGUCCCUAAGCUGGAGGAAGGCAAUCAGUACCAGUUCCGCGUACGAGCGCUAAAUAAAGCCGGCCAGUCGGAACCUUCGGAGAAUACCAACUGGCAUACGGCUAAGCCGAGAUUCUUGAAACCAAGAAUCGACCGCACAAACCUCAACCCGAUCACGGUGAAGGCUGGCCUGCCAGUCUCUCUAGACGUGAAGAUCUUCGGCGAACCGCCUGCCACUGUCACCUGGUACUUCAAGGGCGAAGAGCUGAAGACCGGCGAAAAUUUGGAAAUCGUCAACAUCGACUACAACACAAAGUUCCUCUUGACCAAGAGCAAGAGGGCCAGCACCGGCAAAUACACGAUCAAAGCCAAGAACGAGGUCGGCGAAGACGAGGCUGAUGUAGAAAUCACCAUUCUUGGUAAGCCGUCUAAGCCUAAAGGCCCACUGGACGUGACUGACGUCACAAAGAACGGAUGCACUCUCACUUGGAAGAAACCCGAGGACGACGGAGGCUCACCCGUCGAAUACUAUGAGAUCGAGAAACUGGACCCUGUUACAGGGCAAUGGAUACCAUGUGGUACCGCCAAAGACUGCAAAGCCAAUAUCACCGGCUUGCAAGAGGGCAAACCUUACAAGUUCAGGGUGAAGGCCGUCAACAAGGAGGGCGAGUCCGAAGAACUGGAGACUGAGAAACCAAUCAUCGCCAAGAAUCCGUUCGACGAGCCCGGCAAACCCGGCAGACCAGAGCCACGUAACUGGGACAAGGACUUCGUUGAGUUGGAAUGGAGUCCGCCUAAAGACGACGGUGGCGCCCCCAUCACCGGAUACAUCAUUCAGAAAAGAGAGAAGGGUGGAAGGUCUUGGCAAGACUGCCUCAAGACCUCCGGCGACAGGCCCACGGGCCGCGUGACCGACGUAGAGGAGGGUCACGAGUACGAGUUCCGCGUGAUGGCUGUCAACAAGGCCGGACCCGGAGAACCAUCGGACCCAAGCAAGUCGGUCAUUGCUAAACCUAGAUUCUUGGCACCGAAAAUCGACCGCAAAUACCUGCAAAAGCGCAAGAUCAAAGUGGGGGAAACCCUCAAAAUGGAAGCCGAUGUCAAAGGAGAACCGGAACCAGCCAUCACGUGGACGUUCAACGGACAAGCUCUCAAGCCUGAAGAACGGCUUAAGAUCGAAAAUAAGGAUUACCAUACGUCUUUCAUUCUGCAGAAGACUACUAGAGCUGAUACUGGCAAAUAUGUUGUUACUGCUAAGAAUGACUCUGGAACUGACACUGUGGAAGUGGAAGUUGCUGUCGUCAGCAAGCCCGCCAAACCUAAAGGACCUUUGAAGGUAUCCGACGUUAAAGCCGACGGCUGCAAACUCAAAUGGGAACCGCCAGAAGACGACGGCGGUGAGCCGGUAGAAAGCUACGUAGUCGAACGUAUGGACACCGAGUCCGGCAGAUGGGUGCCUGUUUGUACCACCAAAACGCCAGAAGCUGACGUCACUGGUCUCAAUGAGGGCAAGGAUUAUAUGUUCCGAGUGAAGGCCGUCAACCCUGAAGGGGAGAGUGAACCGCUUGUUACUGAAUCAGCGACCACAGCGAAGAAUCCUUACGGCGAGCCGGAUGCGCCUGGAAAGCCCGAAUUGAAGGACUGGAGCAAGGAUCACGCUGAUUUGAAAUGGGAGAAACCCCAGAACGAUGGUGGAGCGCCCAUCACCGCUUAUAUUGUGGAGAAGAAGGACAGGGAUACGGGCAAAUGGGUGAAGGCUGCUGAGGUUCCUGGCAAUAAGACAGAAGCUCGCGUGCCUGAUCUCAUUGAAGGCAAGACUUACCAGUUCCGCGUGAAGGCAGUCAACAAGGCGGGACCUAGCAAACCAUCAGCCGCUUCCGAAAGCCUGUUGGCUAAAGAUAGGUUUGCACCGCCGAAGAUCGACCGCACUAACAUGCGAGAUCUCACACUCAAGGCUGGACAGAACAUCAGGUUGGACAUCAAGGUGUCUGGUGAACCGCCACCAAGCAAGACCUGGUUCCACAACAAAGAGAGGUUGUCCACCCGCGACGAUCUAUCCGUGGACGUAGAAGACUACCGUACGAAGCUGUCCGUAGUAAUAGCCGCUCGUAAGCACAGCGGUACUUAUGUGCUAAAGGCAGAGAACAGUAGCGGCAAAGACGAGGCUACGAUACAGAUCAACGUGUUGGAUGUACCGGCUAAGCCUGAGGGACCGCUUAAGAUCUCAGACGUGCACAAGGAAGGUUGCACUCUAAAAUGGAACCCGCCUCUAGACGACGGUGGCGCCCCCAUCGACCACUAUCUUGUCGAGAAACUCGAUACGGAAACCGGACGCUGGAUGCCAGCUCUGAAGACCAAAGACCCGAAGGCGGAAAUCGAGAACCUGGUCCCUGGACACGAGUACAAGUUCAGAGUAUCUGCCGUUAAUAAUGAGGGUGUUUCUGAGCCGUUGGACGCUGAUCACUCCAUCAUCGCUAAGAAUCCAUUCGAUGAACCCGGUAAGCCAGGCACUCCUGAAGUGGUGGACUGGGACAAAGACCACGUUGACCUUAAAUGGAGCAAGCCAAUUAAGGACGGUGGCGCCCCCAUUACUGGAUACAUUAUCGAGAAGAGGGAAGUUGGCUCGCCGAAGUGGGUGAAAGCCUGUGAGGUCGGCCCCAACGACAACGAGAAAGCUACAGUGCCCAACUUGGACGAAGGCACUGAAUAUGAGUUCCGCGUCAAAGCGAUCAACGAGGCCGGCCCCGGCGAACCCAGCGACGCCAGCAAAUCUGUCGUCUGCAAACCAAGGCGAUUGGCCCCCAAGAUCGAUCGUCGCAACUUACGCACUAUCAAGGUUCACGAAGGCGAGCCCAUCUCGCUGGACGUCAAAGUAUCCGGAGAGCCGGCGCCCGACGUCACGUGGACUUUGAACGGAAAGUCUGUCAUCAGCGGAAACGGACUGAAAUUGGUAAACGUGCCAUAUCUGAGCAAGUAUCAACAUGCCAGUCCCCGUCGCAAGGACUCUGGCACUUACAAGAUUCAAGCAGUCAACAAAUACGGUCAAGACACCGCAGAACUGGAGAUUAUUGUUACAUCCAAGCCCGACAAACCAGAAGGCCCACUAGAAGUGUCUGACAUCCACAAGGACGGCUGCAAGUUGAACUGGAAGCGGCCUAAAGACGACGGUGGCGAACCUAUUGAAGCUUACCUGGUAGAGAAAUAUGAUACAGAAACUGGCACUUGGCUGCCAGUCGGCAAGACCCUGGGCAAUGUACCAGAGAUGGAGGUCGAUGGUUUGAUUCCCGGCCACGAGUACAAGUUCCGCGUAAAGGCAAUCAACAAGGAGGGCGAGUCGGAACCUCUGGAAACCUUCGGCGCCAUCGUCGCCAAGGAUCCAUUCACGGUGCCAGACGCACCUUCUGCCCCAGUGCCAGAUGACUGGUCUGCCAACCACGUGGACCUGAAAUGGGAGCCGCCUAUCUCUGACGGUGGAUCUCCCAUCAUCGGUUACAUUAUCGAGAAGAAGGACAAAUAUAGCCCGCUGUGGGAGAAGGCUGUGGAGACCCAUACACCUACACCGAAUGCUACUGUUAACGGAUUGAUCGAAGGCAACGAAUACCAGUUCCGCGUGAUCGCCAUCAACAAGGCCGGCCAGAGCAAGCCCUCUGAAGCCAGCAAGAACUUCGUUGCCAAACCUCGCUUCUUAGCGCCCAAGAUCGACAGACGUCAUCUGCGUGACGUCACCAUCUCUGCAGGAGCUACUCUCAAGCUGGAAGCCGCUAUCACUGGCGAACCAGCACCUGCUGUCGAAUGGAGGUACCAGAACAUGCCUCUCCGUCCAUCGAAGGCGGUGACCAUAGACAGUCCGGACUACUUCACAAAAUUAGUGAUCCGUCCUGCUAGAAGAGACGAUUCGGGCGAAUACACCGUAACCGCAGUCAACUCUAGCGGCAAGGAUGUCGUUACUGUCAAUGUUAUCGUUCAAGAUAAGCCUGCCAAGCCUGAAGGACCAUUACAGAUCUCGGAUGUCCACAAGGAAGGUGCUACUCUUAAAUGGAAGCGGCCUAAAGACGACGGUGGCGCCCCCAUCGAGUACUACCAGAUCGACAAGUUGGACACUGAGACUGGAUGCUGGGUGCCUUGUGCGAGAUCAGAGGAGCCAAAAUGUGACGUCACCGGGUUGACACCUGGCAAGGAGUACAAGUUCCGCGUGUCCGCCGUCAACUCGGAGGGCGAGUCGGAACCUCUCACAUCGGAACAGAGCAUUGUAGCUAAAAAUCCGUUCGAUGAGCCUGGCGCACCAGGCACUCCAAGCGUGACUGAUUGGGACAAGGACCACGUGGACCUCAAGUGGACUCCGCCUCGGGAAGACGGUGGCGCCCCCAUCACCGGUUACGUCAUCGAGAAGAAGGACAAAUUCGGCGAUUGGGAAAAAGCCGUUGAAGUACCCGCCGAUAAGACUACUUGCACCGUGCCUGAUCUUAUUGAAGGACAGACUUAUGAGUUUAGAGUACGCGCGGUGAACAAGGCUGGACCUGGCGAACCCAGUGACAGCACUCACCCGAUUGUGGCCAAACCCAGGAAUCUGGCGCCAAAGAUUGACAGAACUAACCUCAUCGAUAUCAAGCUCAAGGUCGGACAGAAGUUCGGCUUCGAUGUCAAGGUUACCGGUGAACCAAUGCCGGAAACCAAAUGGUACCUCGCCAAGAAGGAAGUCAAGUCUGGCGGCGAGAUGAAGGUCCAACAUUCGGAUUACAACACCAAGUUGAAUUGCAAAGCUGCCACCCGCGCCGAUAGUGGAAGAUAUACUAUCACUGCUGAGAAUAGUAAUGGCAAAGAUGUUGCCGAGGUAGAAGUUAUUGUAUUAAGCGUGCCUAGUCCCCCUGGAGGACCUCUUAAGGUUUCGGACGUCCACGCCCACGGUGCCAAGUUAUCAUGGAACCCGCCCGCCGACGACGGCGGCCAGCCCAUCGAUAAAUACGUGGUGGAACGCAUGGACGAGGCCACCGGAAGAUGGGUGACCGCCGGCGAGACGGACGGACCACAGACCAGUCUCGCUGUAGACGGGUUGCAGCCCGGACAUAAAUACAAGUUCAGAGUUCGAGCUGUUAAUAGGCAAGGCAAAUCCGAGCCGCUUACAACGCCUCACUCUACAGAGGCCAAGAAUCCCUUCGACGUGGCUUCCAAACCAGGCACGCCCAAGAUCAAGGACUUCGAUAAAGACUUCGUCGAGCUGGAAUGGACCCGGCCUCAGUCCGACGGUGGCGCCCCCAUCACUGGAUACGUCAUCGAAAAGAAGGAUAGAUUCUCACCAGAUUGGGAGGAAUGCGCUCAGAUCGAAGGCGACGUAACGACCGGAAAAGUUCCCGAUUUGAUCGAAGGCAAUACUUACGAGUUCCGCGUGAGGGCCGUUAAUAAGGCCGGUAAGGGAGAGCCCAGCGAUGGCACUGCCCCACACCUGGCCCGCCCCAAGAAUCUACCCCCCAAAAUCGACCGCAACUUCAUGUUCGACAUCAAAGUCAAGGUUGGGCAGAACUUCGAAUUGGACGUACCAGUCGCUGGCGAACCGAUACCGACCAAAGAAUGGACGCACGCCGAUAACUUGGUCAUCAACACUGACAGAAUCAAAGUCAUCAACGACAAUCAUUCGACCAAACUCAAAGUCAUCGACGCGAAACGCGCAGACACAGGAGUUUACACCCUUAAAGCUAAAAACAUCAACGGUACUGACACAGCUACAGUCAAAGUCCUUGUACUCGAUGUGCCGUUACCUCCUGAAGGUCCACUCAAAGCUGAUGAUAUUACUAAAUCUGGAUGCACUCUUCGCUGGAGACCACCUAAAGAUGACGGUGGCAGUGAAAUCUCUCAUUACGUUGUCGAAAAAAUGGACCAAGAAAAUAUGCGCUGGAUACCCGCUGGGGAAGUCCAAGCUUGCAACAUCAGAAUCGACCAUCUCAUCGAAGGACACGAUUACAAUUUCCGCGUCCGCGCUGUCAACAAACAGGGAGAAUCCCAACCCCUCAUUGGACACGAACCGGUCACUGCCAAAGACCCGUACGGCACCCCGGAUAAACCCGGAACCCCUGUUGUCAAAGAUUGGGACAAGGAUCACAUGGACUUGGAAUGGGUACCGCCGAAGAAAGACGGUGGAUCUCCCAUCACUGGCUACAUUAUCGAAGCCAAGAAGAAGUACGGUCCAUGGGAGGUCGCCGCUACUGUUCCUGGAAACCAAACUAAAGGAACAGUCAACAACUUGCAAGAGGGUGAGGAAUACGAAUUCCGUGUUAUCGCUGUUAACAAAGCAGGAAAUGGCGAACCUAGCGAUGCUUCCACACCACAGAUCGCUAAAGCACGAUUCUGCGCUCCUCACUUCGACAAAAUGCUUCUCGCAGACAAGACAGUCAAAGCGGGACAGAGGAUCCAAUACGAGAUACCCAUCGAAGCAUCCCCGAAACCAACAGUCGAAUGGCAGAUCAAUGGAAAAGUGGUCCAUCCUACAGACCGCAUCGAUGUACAAGUGUUACAUAACAGGGUGAUUCUAGACAUUCCAUUCUCCGUCCGCGCUGACGGAGGCGUUUACAAACUCACCUUGAAGAACGACCUUGGAGUAUGCUCUGCUUCCGCUCAAGUCACGGUUCUGGAUAAACCUUCGAGACCGGAGAAACCUUUGAUUGUUUCUGACGUCACUAAAGACUCGUGUUCCUUAUCUUGGAAGGUGCCGCUAGACGAUGGCGGUUCACCUAUCCUUCAUUACGUCAUCGAAAAAAUGGACCUGACCCGUGGUACCUGGUCCGAUGCUGGUAUGAGCACUUUCUUGUCACAUCAAGUAACAAGACUCAUACACAUGAAAGAAUACCUGUUCAGAGUUUCCGCCGUAAAUGCUAUCGGCCAAUCGGAACCUCUAGAAUUAGACAGGGCUAUUGUGGCCAAGAAUGAGUUUGAUGAACCUUCGGCUCCUGGCAAACCCGAAGCCACUGAUUGGAGCAAGGACCAUGUCGAUUUACAAUGGGCCGCACCUAAAUCUGAUGGCGGAGCACCUCUUACCGGCUACAUUAUACAAAAGAAAGAGAAGGGUAGCCCAUACUGGGUGAAUGCGGUUCACGUGCCCCCGAAUAAGACUAAAGCUACAGUCCCUGACCUUACUGAAGGCCAGGAUUACGAGUUCCGUGUCAUCGCAGUCAACCAAGCUGGACAAUCUGAACCCAGUGAACCUUCAGACCUCAUCACGGCCAAGGACAGAUUCGUUGCACCGAAGAUUAUUACUCCAUUCAAAGAAAUCCGCAUCAAAGCAGGUCUCAUCUUCCAUUUGGACGUUGACUUUAUUGGAGAGCCGACUCCUGAGGUUACAUGGACUUGUGACGGGAAACCUGUCGUCGCUAAUGAAAGGACUACAGUCACAUCCGUCGGACAUCACACUAUUGUUCACACUGUGAACUGCAAGCGCUCAGAUGCCGGCAAAUACAAUUUGAAACUAAAGAACGAUUCUGGCACUGACGAAGGCAGCUUCGAGCUGGUCGUCUUAGAUGUACCUGGAGCGCCGCAGCCUCCGUUCGAGUACGAGGAGAUCACUGCUCAAUCAGUCACGUUGUCAUGGAAACCGCCUAAAGACAACGGCGGUAGCGAACUCACCGCUUACGUUAUCGAGAAGCGUGACCUUACUCACGGUGGAGGCUGGGUACCUGCCGUUACAUAUAUUAAUCCUAAGUUUAAUCACGCCACAGUACCUAGACUGACGGAAGGCACUAAAUACGAGUUCAGAGUAUUCGCUGAAAACUUACAAGGCCGAUCUGAACCUUUGGUGACAGACAGAGCUGUAGUCGCUAAGAACCAAUACACAGUGCCUGGCAAGCCCGGCAAACCUGAACUGGUUUCCGCUGACAAAGACCACAUUAAGAUCAGAUGGCAGGCACCGAUUUCGAACGGUGGCUCCAACAUCAUCGGUUACGACGUCGAGAGGCGCGAUAAGGCUACCGGUCGCUGGAUAAAGUUGAACAAAGACCCAGUAAGGAACAGUGAAUAUGAAGACGACAGGGUACAAGAAGGUCACCAGUAUGAGUACAGAGUAUCUGCAGUGAACGCUGCCGGACCUGGUCAACCAUCAGACCCGUCCAACGUCAUCAUUGCCAAACCUAUGAAAGAGAAGCCCAAGUUGUGGCUCGACCAUCUUAUUGGUCGCAAGAUCAAGGUUAGGGCGGGAGAGCCCAUCAAUAUUAACAUUCCAAUCACUGGCGCUCCAACGCCAACUAUAUCAUGGACCAAGGGAUCUAUACCUUUAGUGCCUUCUCACAGGCUAUCGGCCGAAACGAAGAACGAUGAAACUAAACUCAGCAUCGAAAAGUCUACGAGAGACGAUGCCGGCAAAUACACUAUCACCGCUACAAACGACCACGGCAAAGACUCUGCUGACAUCGAAGUAAUUGUUGUUGACAAACCUGGGGUGCCUAAAGGACCUCUUAUCUGCACACCAGUCACACAUGACUCCAUCAGCCUCACAUGGCAUCCGCCUACGGACGACGGUGGCAGCGAAAUCACAGGAUACGUUGUCGAAGUCGCCGAGUUCGGUGUCAACGAUUGGCGAACGGUCGCCGGUUUCUGUCCGAAAUGCUCAUUUACUGUCAAGAACCUUACUGAAGGCAAGAAAUACGUGUUCAGAGUACGCGCUGAGAAUCUCUACGGAGUCUCGGAUCCAUUGGAAAGCAAGCCGACUGUUGCCAAGUCGCCAUUCGAUCCGCCAGAUGCACCGGAAACGCCAAAGAUUACUGGAUACAGCUCGAACAGUUGCUCUCUGGAAUGGGAGCCACCUGCGAACUGCGGUGGAAAACCAAUUACUGGAUACUAUGUCGAGAAACGCGAACGCGGCGGCGAAUGGGUUAAAGUUAACAACUACCCAACACCAAACACUUGUUACACCGUCCCAGAUCUUCGUGAAGGCAACCGUUAUGAGUUCAGGGUCAUCGCAGUCAACGAAGCAGGCCCUGGUAAACCGAGCAAGCCUACCGAACCAAUCACAGCUCAAACACAAAGACUUAAGCCGAGCCCACCGGAAGCUCCCAAACCUGAUAGGAUCACCAAAGACUCUGUUACGUUGUCGUGGAGACCGCCCAAGAGCGAUGGUGGAGCCAAAAUUAAAGGCUACAUUGUCCAACAGAAGGGCAAGGGCGACAAAGACUGGAAAGACGUCAAUGAUGUGCCUAUACCUGGCCUCGUACAUACCGUACCGAAACUCAAAGAAGGCGAGGAAUAUCAAUUCAGAGUCAUCGCUGUCAAUGACGUUGGCAAUUCAGAUCCUAGCAAGCCCACCGCUGAUAUUGUCAUCGCCGAACAGCCCAACAAACCUUGCAUGGACUUGGGUGGUGUUAGGGAUAUCACUGUACGCGCUGGAGAAGACUUCUCCAUCCACGUUCCAUACACCGGCUUCCCGCAACCGACCGCGUCUUGGUUCGCCGACGACAACCUGCUCGACGUCGACGGCGAUUCGAGAAUAUUCCAGAAGAUUACUCCCGAAUCCGCUUCGUUGGUUGUUAAGAACGCGAAGCGAUCGGACGGCGGUCAAUACCGCUUGCAGCUCCGCAACCCGUCUGGAUACGAUACUGCCACUAUUAACGUGCGCGUUCUGGAUAGGCCUGGGAAACCAGAGAAUCUCCGAGCGGAUGAGUUCGAGGGCGAAGCACUUACUCUAUACUGGAACCCACCCAAAGACAAUGGCGGUGGCGAGAUUACCAACUACGUUGUGGAAAAACGUGAAGCUCGUACGCCCACCUGGACCAAAGUAUCUGGUUACGUUACCACUCCGUUCUUGCGGGUGAAGAACUUGACUGUAGGCCGUGACUACGAAUUCAGAGUUAUGGCUGAAAAUCAAUACGGCCAGUCUGAUCCUGCGCAGACUACUGAACCUAUAAAGGCGAGACAUCCGUUCGAUCCUCCGGGUGCGCCCGGAGCGCCUCGUUCCGUCGAAACCACGGAGUCUUCCAUCACGAUUACUUGGACGAAGCCCCGUCACGAUGGCGGAUCACCUAUCACUGGCUAUGUUGUUGAGAAGCGCUUGAUUACUGAAGACAAAUGGACGAAGGCGUCUCACGCGCACAUUCCAGACACGACGUACAAAGUUAUGGGAUUGAUUGAGAACCACGAAUACGAGUUUAGAGUGGCCGCCAUUAAUGCCGCGGGUCAAGGCCCGUAUUCACAGAGCUCUGACGCUAUUAGGGCUUGUGCACCGCCCAAUUCGCCCAGGAUCACGAGUGACCUCAGCCUUAGGGACAUCACUGUCAUCGCUGGCGAGGAGAUCAAGAUCACUGUUCCGUUCACUGGAAACCCGAGACCCAAGGUAUCUUGGAUGGUGAACAACGAGGAGGUAUUCCCCGACAAUCGCAUCAGAUUCACGACGUCCGACAUCAACACUGUGUUCAUUAACACUUGCGCCAAGAGAUCCGACACUGGUUCAUACACCAUUCAGCUGACCAAUAGCGAGGGCUCUGACAGUGCCACUUGCAGGGUACUGGUGGUAGACAAGCCGUCUCCACCAGUAGGACCUAUGGAAGCGUCAGACAUCACUCCUGACACAUGCACACUGAGCUGGAGACCUCCUCUAGAUGAUGGUGGAUCACCAAUCACCAAUUAUGUGGUGGAGAAGAUGGACGGCAGUGGGGUAUGGUCGAAGAUUUCAUCUUUCGUUCGCAACUGUCACUACAACGUGAUGGGCUUGGAGCCGAACAAGAAAGUAACAUUCAGAGUGCGCGCGGAGAACCAAUAUGGAGUCUCUGAGCCACUCGCUAUGGACGACUACAUCACUGCCAAGUUCCCAUUCACGGUACCGGAUCCGCCUGGAACACCACGCGUGACCGAUUGGGACGGAUCUACGGCCACAGUAGUAUGGGACAGACCUCGUUCGGACGGCGGUGCCCGUAUACAGGGAUACAAGAUCGAGUUCCGGGAUGUGCAAGAUGGAGUAUGGGUUAGUGCCGAUUACCUGGUCAAGGACUGCAAUUACCAGGCUUACAACUUGGAGCCUGGCCACGAAUACGAGUUCCGCGUGCGCGCUCAGAACGCAGCAGGCCUCAGCAAGUACUCGAACUCGUCGCAGAAGUUCCGCGUGAGGCCCGCGUGCGGCCCGCCCGGGGCCCCGCGCUCGCCCCGCGUGUUACGCGUCGGUAAAACAUACGUCGACCUGUCGUGGGACCCGCCAGCUACCGAUGGAGGUUCCCGCGUAACCGGCUAUAUAAUCGAACGCCGCGACGUCGGUGGUUCCGUAUGGGUGAAAUGCAACGACUACAACGUACAAGAUACCACAUACACAGCGCUAAACUUAGGCGAGAAGCAGAACUACGAGUUCCGCAUUAUCGCCGUCAACGCUGCAGGCAAAUCCGAGCCAUCUUCCUGUACGAGCCCAGUCCGUACUGGCGAAGAAUUAGGCGGCACCAAACCGGAAUGGGUGAAGCAAGUGCCUCCCCAUUUGGUUGCGCCUUUGGGAAGACCUUUCACUAUCGAAUGUGUGGCUAGCGGCAACCCAGUACCCACUGGAAGGUGGAUGAAGAACGGCAGAGAAGUCGUGCUGGGAACCAGGUUCAUCGCUGAAUCUCGUGAAGGCGUGAUGAAAUUGAACAUCCUCGAGGCUAAAGACGAUGAUGAAGGAGAUUACACGUGCGAAGCAUCCAACAACAUUGGCUUCAUCUAUAGCACUGGACAUCUGAAGAUUGGAAGCCCGCCUCGCAUCACCCGUAUGCCGGGCGAUAUGCAUCUCCCAGAACACGAUAACACCAAGAUCAAGAUCUUAUACACUGGUGACCAGCCAGUAGACGUCACGUUGACGAAAGACGGCCACAAAGUUACUGAAUCGCCGAGACUCAAGUACACAGUGUUCGACGAUUACAUGCUCAUCUUUAUCAAGGACAUCAGCAAAGAUGAUAUGGGCACAUACAAGCUCACAUUAAAGAACAAUAGCGGAGAAACUUCCGACUCCUUCUCUAUAACUGUCACUGGAUUACCUGGUCCUCCACAAGGGCCAUUAGAAACCACAGACAUAACUCGUCAUUCCUGCACUAUUGCCUGGAAACCGCCUACUUACGACGGUGGUAUGCCAGUUACACACUACGUGGUCGAAAGAAUCGACGUUUCUGGCACCGUGUGGAUAACAAUAGCUUCGUCUGUGAGGGAUUUGAAGUAUACGGUCCAGGGAUUGGUCGAAGGACAAGAGUAUAACUUCAGAGUGCAUGCGGCUAAUGAAAAUGGUAUUGGACCCGCUUUGGAAGGAGUUAACCCGAUCAAGGCCAAGGCACCAUUCGACCCGCCAUCAGCACCUGGCAUUCCCAAGAUCUUGGAAGUCGGAGGAGACUUCGUGCAUCUUGAAUGGGACAAACCACAGAGCGAUGGUGGCGCCAGGAUACAGGGCUACUGGAUAGAUAAACGCGAAGUGGGAACUACAACUUGGCAGCGAGUGAACACAGCCCUUUGCCUUCCAAACCAGAUGAACUGUCCGAAUCUGAUCGAAGGUCGACAGUACGAAUUCCAAGUGACAGCCCAGAACGAGGCAGGCUUAUCGCCGCCCAGUUCCGCUAGUCAACAAGUGAAGGUCGUCGAUCCUAAGGCCGCUACUCCACCAGAGAUAGUGAAACCGUUGAAGAACGCCAACUGCAUCCAGAACCACAACGCCAAGUUCCAGUGCACCAUCACUGGGUCGCCGAAACCUACAAUCACUUGGUACAAGGGUGCCCGUGAGAUAACCAACGGCCCUCGCCACCGAAUCUGGAGCGAGGGAGACAACCAUUUCUUGACUGUGAUCGACGUGUUCGGAGAAGAUGCCGAUGAAUACGUAUGCCGUGCCGUCAAUAGGGCCGGCGUUAAGAGUACUAGGGCUGAGCUGCUUAUCAUGACCGCACCAAAACUCAACGUGCCGCCACGGUUCCGUGUGACCGCUUACUUCGACAAGGGCGAGAAUGUGAUCGUCAAGAUCCCCUUCACCGGACAUCCGGUGCCCAAGAUCACGUGGGUCAGGGAGGGGGAGACCAUAGAGUCUGGCCUGCACUACCACGUCGAGAGGAAAGAGAGACACGCAGUAUUGACCAUUCGGGACGCCAGUAAGUUGGAUUCAGGCCCGUACAGAAUCACGGCUGAAAACGAACUGGGACAAGACUCAGCCAUCAUCAACAUUGAGAUCAGCGAUCGUCCCGACCCGCCUCGCUUCCCGGCCGUGGACAACAUCGGCAUAGAUUCCCUCGCCCUGAGCUGGAAGGCUCCAGUUUGGGACGGAGGAUCAGACAUCACCAACUACCUGGUGGAGAAGCGGGAGCAUCCUAUGACUUCCUGGAUCAGAGUUGGCAAUACCAGAUUCACAACGAUGGCUAUCACCGGCUUAGUGCCAGGCAAACAGUAUGAGUUCAGAGUGUACGCUGAGAACAUCUACGGCCGUUCUGAGCCAAGCGAACCAACGUCCCUUGCACAGACCAAGGCGGUCGUUAAGAAGGAGUUCAAGAAGAAGGAAUAUCCAGUGGACGAAACAGGCAAACGCAUCCGCACCAACGCAGACCACGGCCCCGUCAAAGACUACGACAGUUACGUAUUCGACAUCUACAGCAAAUUUGUCCCGCAACCUGUGGACAUUAGAACGUGCUCCGUUUACGACAAAUACGACAUUCUCGAGGAGAUUGGCACAGGCGCGUUCGGAGUGGUGCAUAGAUGUCGCGAGCGUGCCACCGGCAACUAUUACGCGGCUAAGUUCAUACCGGUCUCCGGUGCUAUGGAGAAGGAGCUAAUAAAGAAGGAGAUAGACAUAAUGAACCAGCUCCACCACAGGAAGCUGAUCAAUCUGCACGACGCUUUCGAAGAUGACGACGAGAUGGUGCUGAUAUUCGAAUUCUUAUCCGGUGGUGAAUUGUUCGAACGCAUCACGGAACCCGGAUACAACAUGAGUGAAGCCGAAGCCGCGCACUACAUGAGACAGAUAUGCGAGGGAGUGAGACAUAUGCACGAACAGAACAUCAUCCAUCUCGACCUCAAGCCCGAGAACGUCAUGUGCCAGACAAGGACGGGCACUGACGUUAAGAUCAUCGACUUCGGAUUAGCCACAAAACUGGACCCCAACGAAGUGGUGAAGAUUUCCACGGGCACUGCUGAGUUUGCGGCGCCAGAGAUCGUUGAAAGGGAACCAGUUGGUUUCUAUACUGAUAUGUGGGCUGUGGGCGUAUUAGGUUAUGUGCUCCUCUCCGGACUAUCACCGUUCGCGGGUAACAACGACAUUGAAACUCUGAAGAACGUGAAAGCCUGCGACUGGGAGUUCGAUGAAGAAGCCUUCCAGCAUGUUUCUGAUGACGCCAAGGACUUCAUCAGGAGGCUACUUGUCAAGAACAAGGAAAAACGUAUGACGGCUCACGAAUGCUUGAUGCACAAAUGGCUCGCUGGCGACGCUGCCGCGGCAAGGACUGCCACUAUCGAAGCGAGAAGAUACGAAGCUAUGCGCAACAGACUACGCGCUAGAUACGAUAACUGGUCAUCGUUCAAGCUGCCCAUCGGCAGGCUGAGCGAAUACAGCUCGCUACGCAAACUUCUCAUCGAGAAGUGGAAGAUCUACGAUGGACAGUUCGACCGUCGUCAAGCUGCACCGCGUUUCGUGAUCAAACCACAAUCUGCAUUCUGCUACGAAGGACAAUCUGUCAAAUUGUACUGUCGCAUCAUCGCAUGUGCCACGCCUACUGUCACCUGGUCAAGGAACAACCACGAACUUCGCCAGUCUGUCAAGUUUAUGAAACGAUACGCGGGCGAUGAUUACUACUUCAUAAUAAACCGCGCUAAACUGGAAGACCGCGGCGAGUACAUAAUUCGCGCUGAGAACCACUAUGGAUUCAGGGAAGAGGUCGUGUUCCUAAACGUACAACCGGUACCUAAAGUGCAACGCCAGCACGUACCAGAAGCGCCGCGUAGACGCGAGGCACUUCCAUACACAUUCUGGCAGGAAUCCAGCGAGACGGCGCCUGCGUUUACUUUCCAAUUGCGGCCGCGCGUAAUGCAGGCCCGCGACACUUGCAAGUUGCUAUGCUGUCUCAGUGGAAAACCCACGCCUACUGUCAAGUGGUACAAGGACAGAAAGGAGUUAUCCAAAUACGAUUAUUCGAUGACGCAUUCGGACGGUGUGGUUACCAUGGAGAUAGUGGACUGCCGGCCGGAGGACAGCGGCAAGUACACAUGCGUCGCUACCAACGUGCAUGGAACGGAUGAAACCUCCUGCGUCGUUAUUGUGGAAGGUGAAGUGGUAUCACCCGAGCAAGCUGCUCUCGCGCACAACUUCUUGCAUUCGGGCGAUCGACGCUACAUCGAGAAACCGCUGAAACCCGCACCACCACCUAUCAUCACCAAGACUAAGGUUACUAUCGACCCACCUGCGAAGUCACACGCUGCGCCAAGACCGAAGUACUCACCACAGAGCUCGGUGGAAGCCAGCAAGAAGAAGUACGGAGCCAAACUAGAUUCUGACACGUCUUCUAGAUCUAGAAGCGCUACUAAGGAACUAGUCUUGCCCGCGUCAGACUCCACUAUGUGUGGGCCUUCGUUCGCGAGGGCCCUUCCAGACGUUCUCACUGCUAAGGACGGCACGCCCCUACUACUGUCGUGUUCAGUUAGAGGCGACCCCGACCCGAGGGUAGAGUGGUACAAGAACGGGAAACCACUUCAUUCUUCCGAGGUUGUGGAUCUGAAAUACAAGAACGGCGUAGCUUCGCUGGCGAUCAGCGAGAUAUUCCCCGAGGACGAAGGCGAAUACUCCCUGAAGGCCAUCAACAGCCAAGGCGAGGUGGAGACCAAGUGCAAGGUCACCGUUAAACCCAUGGAUACCGGCGCAGCUGCGACCGGCAGCAAGUCUGGCGACAAACCGCCCAGGAUCGUGGACCACGCCAAGUCGCAGGUCGUCAAUGAUGGCGACGCUGUCACGCUGUCAUGCAGGAUCGUCGGAGCCGAGAGAUUCGACGUGGUAUGGCUCCACAACAACAAGGAGAUCAAGCCGUCCAAGGACUUCCAGUACUCCAGCGAGGCCAACAUACACAAGUUGCUCAUCUCUGAGAUAUUCCCAGAAGAUGCCGGAGUGUACACAUGCGAAGCCUUCAAUGACGCUGGCGAGUCGUUCUCGUGUUGCUCGCUAGUGGUGUUGGUACCCGGGGAAACCCCCGUCGCACCGCAAUACAAGGACUUCCCCCACUCCGCCACCGUCGUCACCGCCGAGCCGGCCGUCUUCACCGCCGAGUUGGAUAAGCCACCACUCCAGCUCCAAUGGUUGAAAGAUGGCAAGCCAGUCGACGAGACAUCUACCAGAUACAGAUUCACUAUGGAAGGCACCUCCCGCUAUAGGUUUGAGAUUGCCAAAGCGACUGGCGACGACAGCGGCCAAUACCAAGCCCGCGCCGUCGGAUCCAAAGGCGAUUCCUUAGCUGCCUUCUAUCUCAACGUCAGUGACGCAUAAAUAAACCAAAACAAUGGACUGACAUAUAAAGGGGGCCCCAAGACUGAACCUUGGGUUAACCCUAAACGAAUGAUUACGAAUAUUGAGCAUAAUGAUUUUUAUACAAUUCGGAGUCUAAGUGUGUAAAGGAGUUUAAUUUUUUUAUAUUUAAAUUAUUAUUAUUAUUUAUUAAUUUAUUAAGUAAUUCUUAAGUGUUACACCCUAUCAAAUGCCUAUGAGAAGUCGCUUGGACGGAAUCCUCGCUCUCUAGUCACUGUUAACGUUUAAAUGUUAUUUAUUUAUUGUCGAAUUUAUCUAUUACGUUAUUAUUUUCUCUUUUCGUUUCUUAAUUUUUAUAUAUCGUCCUGGCCUAACAGAUUUUAAUUGCAGCUUCCUAAAAGUUUAAGCUUGAGUUUAAUCAAUGUUGCGAUGGGUUUUGGUCUGAUCUCAGUUGAUCCUCUAUUGGAUAUUUAAGCGCCACCUUGGAAUAUCCCGUAGACAGAUCGACGCCGAUUCCGGACCAUUAUCUAUAUUAAUUAUUUUUAUAUAAUUGUAUUAUUUAAUUGUACAUAAUUUAAUUUAUAUCAUGUGACCGCGUAAUUUAUAAAUAAAUAUGUAUACCUAAAAUUAAUGGUGGGUUUUAUUUCAAUAGUAUUAUCAUUAAAAAAUAACAGCUGGUCUAUCAUGAGAUAGGAGGUUACGCAACUACCAUAAUAAGCUUCACAGUCUCAAUACCUUGUUAAAGGACAAUGUUAAAAUUGGCCUAAGAACCAACACCAAUUUGGCAUUUAUGAUAAUUCUUAGUAUAUUUUUUGCGAUAAUUAUCAGUAUUUAGAUUGUGACGGACACUUCCAGUUAAUUAAGCUAAAUUAAAAAGUUAAAAAAUAAUCUGAGACAAUAAAUACCAUUUUAUGUGUAUAAUCUAUGGCAGCGCUGCAAACAAAACACUCUUUCUUCCUAAUGUCGGCACUUCACUUGGUUAUUCGUAUUUGCUAUUUUAAAACAUGACAUCAGUCAGUCCUUUUCAUUCCUUACUAAGCAUGACAAGGACAAACUGUUGUCAAGAGAAGGGCCGGCAUAAAAUUCUUUACUCUGUGGUUGUAGUGCAUGCAGUUUGCAUUUGUAGUAAUCUGUGGCAUUCGUGCAUUCCAAAGAGUAGUAUAUAAUAUACCGGAAAGUGCAUUCUCGUUUCGGAGUACCUGUUGUGUGUGUUUAUUUGCGAUUUUUUUUCCUUUAAUUUAACUAUUACGGUUAUCUAAUAUGCCAUCGAUGUUACCAAAGAGCAGAGCCCUUAUUACCAAGUGCUAGUGAACCUGCGCCACAUCCUGAGAGGAUCAUACUACCAAAUUAUUCAAGAACACCUGAUACACAUUCACGCUGCAUAUUUACACAAUAUAAUGUGAUACACAAAUAAAUACAAUAAACAAUAUGAUACAAUUA